GUGCAUGCCGUGAUCCACCAUUGUAUCAUGUUGUUCAGCGAGCGAAGUGCACGAUAAUUCUCAUAAGGCAUAUCCGUACGAUCUCCGUGCAGUGUUUCCGCCUACCACGUCUGACAGCUACCUGUCGAUUCUACAGUGGAUUGUCUUGUUGGUAGGGUUUUUUAGACCAAGUGCCACAAUGCGGAGCUUGACAGACGACAUGGAGCAUUACCACAAGGCCUUUGGAGUCUACCACCGGUUGGCUGACAGAAACAACGUCAUGGGCCGCUGGGUGGACUCUCAACUCCCUCAAAUCUUCAAAGAUCUUAACGUCGCUCUGGCUGACCAGGAUGUCUUGAAAGUACUCAGCGUUGGACCUGGAGAUGGUGAAAUUGAGAACGGCAUUUUAAGAGUCCUCCAUGACGAGAAAAUGCAAUAUAAGAAUUUCCACGUGACAGUCGUCGAACCAGCCGUCGAUAUGGUUGACAAGUACAAGGCGCGAGUGUCGGCCGAUGCUUCCCAACAACAAGGAAUGACCUACGACUGGAAGACCCAAACACUGGAUGGCUAUACGGAAGGAAACAAGGCCACCAAGUUCCAUUUCAUUAGCUCCUUGCACUCCAUCUAUUACGCAGAAGAUCUCCAGGCAUCUCUCAAGAAUUUGUUCUGCAGAUUGGAACCAGGGGGCAUGAUGCUGGUUGUGGUGAUCUCAGAUAAAUCUGGCUUUGGGCAGUUUGGGAAGAGCUUUCCCCUUCUCUGGGGCAACAGGCACCACCAUCCGACGUCCGCCGAGGUCCAAGCAGCUUGCGACAAGGAGAGCAUCCCCGUAGCCCAAGAGUUCACCAUCAAGGUGAGGUCCAACAUCACCCCCUGCUUCGCCGAGCCUGGAGCCAUGGUGGACGAUGGUCGGCUGCUCCUGGACUUCUUCAGCCACGUGGCUGACUUCGUGCGGGAUGCCUCUCCCAGCCACCUGCAGGAGGUCAGGGAGUUUCUUGGAAGCGACAGGUGUUCAGAGAGGGUAGAGGAUGAUCAGGUGUAUUUCAACGGAGACUGGAAGGCUCUCAUUAUCAAGCGUUAACAAGUUUUCAAUGGUCUAAGCACUGAACGCACUGGGUUGUUCGACUAUAUGAUUUCAAAUGUUUUUUUUUCUCUUGACAUUUCACAAAUUUAUGUUAUUAGAUCAUGUCAAAUCACGAGAUGGUAUUUCAGUUCGAUACAUCAGGUAUUUCUGGAGUUAUUGUCUGGAAAACGAGUAUAUAUGUUGUUGUUCAAUGAAAGUUGACUUUCUUUCGGAUGAGUGUAUUUUAUUUGAAUAUAUUAUUUGAAUUCGAGGAACUUCUCUUGACAUUUCACAGAUUUAUGGUAUUAUAUCAUGACAAAUCAGCAGAUGUAAUUUCAAUUCGAUACAUAAGGUAUUUUAUAGAGUUAUCGUCUCAAAAACGAGUAUGUUGUUUUUUUUUACAUGAAAGUUGACUUUCUUUCGAAUGAGUGUGUUUUUACGCACUGAACACCCUGGGUUGUUCGGUCCAUAUUAUUUCAAUUGUUUGAACUUUUCUUUUGACAUUUCACAGAUUUAUGGUAUUAUAUCAUGUCAGAUCACCAGAUGUUUUUUCAGUUCGAUACAUGAGGUAUUUCUGGA